AUGGACGUUGUGAACGACUCCCUGAUAUCCAUUCCAACCCAGAUGUUACUGGUAGGGGGCUUGCUGUGGCACCAUCUGGGAGUCCUGGUCCAGCCCCGCUCAGGGAGGGAGCCUGUCACCGUUCCAGCCUGCUGUAGCUGCAGUGAUGUUUUCCAGUAUGAGACAAACAAAGUCACCCAGAUCCAGAGCAUGAAUUGUGGCACUAUUAAGUGGUUCUUCCACGUGAUUGUCUUUUCCUACGUUAGCUUUGCUCUGGUGAGUGACAAGCUGUACCAGUGGAAAGAGCCUGCCAUCAGUUCUGUGCACAGCAAGGUGAAAAGGAUAGCAGAGGUGAAAGAGGAGAUCAUGGAGAACGGAGUGAAGAAGUUGGUGCACAGUGUCUUUAACAUGGCAGAUUGCACCUUCCCUUUGCAGGCAAGCACCUGGUAG